GUUCUUUCACAGGUGGCGCCAUUUUGUGCUAGGAGCCGAGCUAGAACCGGGCCGGUUGUGUGUAAACUGGGAGGCGGAACCAGGGGAACUGGAAUGCUGGAAACUCUGUCAGGCCCAGGAGAUUCGGGUGCGGCGGGCGCAGCGGCUUUGAGCUCCGCCUCGUCGGAGACCGGGACGCGGCGCCUCAGCGACCUGCGGGUGAUCGACCUGCGGGCGGAGCUGAAGAAACGGAAUCUGGACUCGAGCGGCAACAAGAGCGUGUUGAUGGAGCGGCUGAGAAAGGCAAUUGAAGAUGAAGGUGGUAAUCCUGAUGAAAUUGAAAUUACCUCUGAAGGAAAUAAGAAAACAUCAAAGAGAUCCAGCAAAGGGCGUAAACCAGAGGAAGAGGGUGUGGAAGAUAACGGGCUGGAGGAAAAUUCUGGGGAUGGACAGGAGGAUGUUGAAGCCAGUCUGGAUGACUUGAAGGAUGUGGAUAUAACAGAUACCAGUGUAUUAGAUGAAGCAGAAAUUGAUAAUGGAAGCGUUGCAGAUUGUGUAGAGGACGAUGAUGCUGAUAAUCUCCCGGAGUCCCCAUCUGACAGUAGAGAGCUAGUCGAGGGAGACAUGGAAGCGCUUCCAGAGCAGCUUCAAGAACAAGCUGAAAUUGAAGAGCCAUCGCUGGAGACAGAAAAUGAGAAAAUACUCGACAUUUUGGGGGAAACUUGUAAAUCUGAGCCAGUAAAAGAAGAAGGUUCCGAGCUGGAGCAGCCAUUUGCACAGGAUACAAGUAGCGUGGGGCCAGACAGAGAGCUCGCGGAGGAAGAGGACCUUUUUGACAGCGCCCAUCCGGAGGAGGGUGAUUUAGAUUUGGCCAGCGCGUCAACACACACUCAGUCGUGCAAGGCAGACAGCCUGUUAGCAGUAGUGAAAAGGGAGCCCGUGGAGCAGCCAGGCGAUGGCGAGAGGAUGGACUGUGAGCCUGUAGGGCUAGAGCCGGCAGUUGAGCAGAGUAGUGCAGCCUCUGAGCAUGCGGAGGCCUGUAGCAACGAGGUCACGGAAGUGCCCACGGAAGCCCCAAGUCCAGAAGGCAGAGAUAGCAAAGAAGACGAGAAGAAGUUUGAUUUUGAAGCUUGUAAUGAAGUCCCUCCGGCUACUAAAGAGUCCUCAACCAGUGAGGGCGCUGAUCAGAAAAUGAGUUCUGUCAACGAUGACUCAGAUGCCAAAAGGCCUUCCAGAGAGGAAACGGGUCAUAGCAGCUGUCAUAGAAAUUUCUGGGUUAGUGGACUGUCUUCUACAACAAGAGCUACAGAUUUGAAGAAUCUUUUCAGCAAAUAUGGGAAGGUGGUGGGUGCGAAGGUUGUGACAAAUGCCCAGAGUCCCGGAGCUCGCUGUUAUGGUUUUGUCACGAUGUCCACAGCAGAAGAGGCAACAAAAUGCAUUAACCACCUUCACAAAAUGGAGCUGCACAGGAAAAUGAUCGCCAUGGAAAAAGCAAAAAAUGAACCUCCUGGAAAGAAACCCUCUGACAGAGACAGUGAAGGGAAGAAGGAGAAGUCAAGCAACAUGGACAGAUCUGCGAACUUUCAGAGGGACGAUAAACCCGACAGAAAAGAUGAUGCUAAAAAUGGUGAAGAUGGAAGUGGAGAAAAGGAUAAGGACCAAGAUGACCAAAAACCUGGCCCCUCAGAGCGAUCUCGAGCCACAAAAUCAGGGAGUCGAGGAACCGAGCGGACUGUAGUCAUGGAUAAAUCUAAAGGGGUGCCUGUUAUUAGUGUGAAAACAUCUGGAUCCAAAGAGAGAGUUUCCAAAAGCCAGGAUCAUAAAUCAAAUAGCAAGGAGAAGGUGUCCAUUGUGUCCUUUGAUAAGAUCAAGGAGCCUCAAAAGGCAGGAGACUCGGAGUCCUGUGGAGUGUGUGAGCACAGUGAGCAGGAGGAGGUCACGCAGGCUCAGUGGGAGCAAGAGGAGCGGGAGCUGCAGCGGCUAGAGCAGGAACGCAUGGAGGCCAAGCAGAUGCAGCACAAGCUUAUGCACAUGGAACGCGAGCGCAAACGAGAGCAGGAGCACAUCCACCGUGGGCGCAAGGGCCGGAGGCCCUACAACUUGGACGGCUGGCGAGAUGAUGCCUAUUGGCCAGAGCCCAAGCGGGCUGCCCUGGAUGAGCGCUACCACUCCGACUUCAACCGCCAGGAUCGCUUCCAUGACUUUGACCAUAGGGACCGGGGCCGUUACCCCGACCACUCGGUGGACAGGAGAGAAGGUUCAAGGUCAAUGAUGGGAGAAAGAGAAGGACAGGCAAUUGAAGAUGAAGGUGGUAAUCCUGAUGAAAUUGAAAUUACCUCUGAAGGAAAUAAGAAAACAUCAAAGAGAUCCAGCAAAGGGCGUAAACCAGAGGAAGAGGGUGUGGAAGAUAACGGGCUGGAGGAAAAUUCUGGGGAUGGACAGGAGGAUGUUGAAGCCAGUCUGGAUGACUUGAAGGAUGUGGAUAUAACAGAUACCAGUGUAUUAGAUGAAGCAGAAAUUGAUAAUGGAAGCGUUGCAGAUUGUGUAGAGGACGAUGAUGCUGAUAAUCUCCCGGAGUCCCCACCUGACAGUAGAGAGCUAGUCGAGGGAGACAUGAAAGUGCUUCCAGAGCAGCUUCAAGAACAAGCUGUAGAGGACAAAGAAACUAUAAGCAACUUAGAUACUUCGUCUGACUUUACUAUAUUACAGGAAAUUGAAGAGCCAUCGCUGGAGACAGAAAAUGAGAAAAUACUCGACAUUUUGGGGGAAACUUGUAAAUCUGAGCCAGUAAAAGAAGAAGGUUCCGAGCUGGAGCAGCCAUUUGCACAGGAUACAAGUAGCGUGAUGCCAGACAGAGAGCUCGCGGAGGAAGAGGACCUUUUUGACAGCGCCCAUCCGGAGGAGGGUGAUUCAGAUAUGGCCAGCGAGUCAACACACACUCAGUCGUGCAAGGCAGACAGCCUGUUAGCGGUAGUGAAAAGGGAGCCCGUGGAGCAGCCAGGCGAUGGCGAGAGGAUGGACUGUGAGCCUGUAGGGCUAGAGCCGGCAGUUGAGCAGAGUAGUGCAGCCUCUGAGCAUGCGGAGGCCUGUAGCAACGAGGUCAUGGAAGCGCCAAGUCCAGAAGGCAGAGAUAGCAAAGAAGACGAGAAGUUUGAUUUUGAAGCUUGUAAUGAAGUCCCUCCGGCUACUAAAGAGUCCUCAACCAGUGAGGGCGCUGAUCAGAAAAUGAGUUCUGUCGACGAUGACUCAGAUGCCAAAAGGCCUUCCAGAGAGGAAACGGGUCAUAGCAGCUGUCGUAGAAAUUUCUGGGUUAGUGGACUGUCUUCUACAACAAGAGCUACAGAUUUGAAGAAUCUUUUCAGCAAAUAUGGGAAGGUGGUGGGUGCGAAGGUUGUGACAAACGCCCGGAGUCCCGGAGCUCGCUGUUACGGUUUUGUCAUGAUGUCCACAGCAGAGGAGGCAACAAAAUGCAUUAACCACCUGCACAAAAUGGAGCUGCACAGGAAGAUGAUCUCCAUGGAAAACGCAAAAAAUGAACCUCCUGGAAAGAAAACCUCUGACAAAAGAGACAGUGAAGGGAAGAAGGAGAAGUCAAGCAACAUGGACAGAUCUGCGAACUUUCAGAGGGACGAUAAACCCGACAGAAAAGAUGAUGCUAAAAAUGGUGAAGAUGGAAGUGGAGAAAAGGAUAAGGACCAAGAUGACCAAAAACCUGGCCCCUCAGAGCGAUCUCGAGCCACAAAAUCAGGGAGUCGAGGAACUGAGCGGACUGUAGUCAUGGAUAAAUCUAAAGGGGUGCCUGUUAUUAGUGUGAAAACAUCUGGAUCCAAAGAGAGAGUUUCCACAAGCCAGGAUCAUAAAUCAAAUAGCAAGGAGAAGCUGUCUGUUGUGUCCUUUGAUAAGACUAAAGAAGUACAAAAGUCAAGAGACUCAGAGUCCCAUAGAGUGUGUGAGCACAGUGAGCAGGAGGAGGUCAUGCAGGCUCAGUGGGAGCAAGAGGAGUGGGAGGAGCGGGAGCAGCUGGAGUUUGCCCGAGCCAGGCUGGCCUACCAGAGGCGGCGGCUUGAGCGGGAGCGCAUGGAGCGGGAGUGGCUGGAGCGCGAGCGCAUGUACCUGGAACAGGAGCGCAAACGAGAGCAGGAGCGCAUCUACUGGGAGCUGGAGGAGCGACGGCCCACGGGGCGGAGGCCCUAUGACUUGGACGGCUGGCGAGAUGAUGCCUAUUGGCCAGAGCCCAAGCGGGCUGCCCUGGAUGAGCGCUACCACUCCGACUUCAACCGCCAGGAUCGCUUCCAUGACUUUGACCAUAGGGACCGGGGCCGUUACCCCGACCACUCGGUGGACAGGAGAGAAGGUUCAAGGUCAAUGAUGGGAGAAAGAGAAGGACAGGCAAUUGAAGAUGAAGGUGGUAAUCCUGAUGAAAUUGAAAUUACCUCUGAAGGAAAUAAGAAAACACCAAAGAGAUCCAGCAAAGGGCGUAAACCAGAGGAAGAGGGUGUGGAAGAUAACGGGCUGGAGGAAAAUUCUGGGGAUGGACAGGAGGAUGUUGAAGCCAGUCUGGAUAACUUGCAGGAUAUGGAUAUAAUAGAUAUCAGUGUAUUGGAUGAAGCAGAAAUUGAUAAUGGAAGCGUUGCAGAUUGUGUAGAGGACGAUGAUGCUGAUAAUCUCCCGGAGUCCCCAUCUGACAGUAGAGAGCUAGUCGAGGGAGACAUGAAAGUGCUUCCAGAGCAGCUUCAAGAACAAGCUGUAGAGGACAAAGAAAAUAUAAACAAUUUAGAUACUUCAUCAUCUGACUUCACUAUAUUACAGAUGAGAACAAAUGAGAUGAGAACUAACUUUCAGGAAAUUGAAGAGCCUUCCCUGGAGCCAGAAAAUGAGAAAAUACUCGACAUUUUGGGGGAAACUUGUAAAUCUGAGCCAGUAAAAGAAGAAGGUUCCGAGCUGGAGCAGCCAUUUGCACAGGAUACAAGUAGCGUGAUGCCAGACAGAGAGCUCGCGGAGGAAGAGGACCUUUUUGACAGCGCCCAUCCGGAGGAGGGUGAUUUAGAUUUGGCCAGCGAGUCAACACACACUCAGUCGUGCAAGGCAGACAGCCUGUUAGCAGUAGUGAAAAGGGAGCCCGUGGAGCAGCCAGGCGAUGGCGAGAGGAUGGACUGUGAGCCUGUAGGGCUAGAGCCGGCAGUUGAGCAGAGUAGUGCAGCCUCUGAGCAUGCGGAGGCCUGUAGCGAUGAGGUCGCAGAAGCGCCCACAGAAGCCCCAAGUCCAGAAGGCAGAGAUAGCAAAGAAGACGAGAAGAAGUUUGAUUUUGAAGCUUGUAAUGAAGUCCCUCCGGCUACUAAAGAGUCCUCAACCAGUGAGGGCGCUGAUCAGAAAAUGAGUUCUGUCGACGAUGACUCGGAUACAAAAAGGCCUUCCAAAGAGGAAAAGGGUCGUAGCAGUUGUGGUAGAAAUUUCUGGGUUAGCGGACUGUCUUCUACAACAAGAGCUACAGAUUUGAAGAAUCUUUUCAGCAAAUAUGGGAAGGUGGUGGGUGCCAAGGUUGUGACAAAUGCCCGGAGUCCCGGAGCUCGCUGUUACGGCUUUGUCACGAUGUCCACAGCAGAGGAAGCAACAAAAUGCAUUAACCACCUGCACAAAACGGAGCUCCACGGGAAGAUGAUCUCUGUGGAAAAAGCAAAAAAUGAACCUGCUGGGAAGAAAACCUCUGACAAAAGAGAUAGUGAAGGCAAGAAGGAGAAGUCAAGCAACAUGGACAGAUCUGCGAACCUUAAGAGGGACGAUAAACCCGACAGAAAAGAUGAUGCUAAAAAGGGUGAAGAUGGAAUUGGAGAAAAGAAUAAGGACCAAGAUGACCAAAAACCUGGCCCCUCAGAGCGAUCUCGAGCCACAAAAUCAGGGAGUCGAGGAACCGAGCGGACUGUAGUCAUGGAUAAAUCUAAAGGGGUGCCUGUUAUUAGUGUGAAAACAUCUGGAUCCAAAGAGAGAGUUUCCAAAAGCCAGGAUCGUAAAUCAAGUAGCAGGGAGAAGCCAUCCGUUGUGUCCUUUGAUAAGAUCAAAGAGCCUCGAAAGUCAAGGGACUCAGAGUCCCGUAGCAAAUGGAUUCAUCUCUUCUGGGAAAUUACGGAAGGUGACAUAGUGAGUGUUAUUGGGUCAUUCUGUGUUACUAUUAAUCUAUCUUUCCUAUGAAGAAUCAAAUUUUAAAUUAUACUUUUAAAAAUAAGGACCAGUGGAAGUAUGUAUAUUCAUUAGGGCAAGUUGAAUCUGCACAUCUGGGUUACAAAAAAUUUUUGAAGUACUAUUAGUUUAGAAAAAAAAGUCAAGAAAUAGAGUGAAAUUGGGGGCUGGGGAAGGGGAGCAAUUUUUGUAAUGCUCCCUACAGAACUCUUUGCCUAAAAGGGAAAUGGCAGACAAAAGACCAUGCAGCUUUGGUCAAGUAACUGGUAUCUGAUUAGCAGCACAGACCACAGAAUAUGGGGGACAGUGACAUUUCCCACCAAUGAAGAAAGGAGGGACUUACCCACAUAGGGCUUCAGGUCACGAGGCUGUGCCUUCAGAUCCUUUCCUGCAUCCUUGCCUCACUGACAUCAUUGACCACGUAGUGUAGCUUAUGAAUUUGAGGUUUCAAAGGCCUUAAAAAGCCAUAAAGAUAAAUUGACCAAGACAAAAUUAAACUUUUCUACCAUGACAAACCAUAGGCAAAGUCAAAGGACAUGCAGCUGAUGGGAGUAAAAGUGAUUUGAAAUAAACAUAAUCAAGGAGACAAAACUGCCCCAAAGAAAAGUUGACAGAGCUAUGUGGACACUUCACAGAAGGGGCAAUACAGAUGGCCUUGAAACAGAUGCAAAGCUGUUGAGUCUCACUAGGGAUCAGGGAAAUGCAAAUCAAAACGGUGGAGGGGCCGUGUUCUCAUCCCUCAGUGAUUUGAUUGAACAUAUGCGUGGAGGCACUGGGAGGUGGGCGUUCCUGUUGGGAGACUGUAAAUGGGCCCAGGGACGCCCCACAUCUGCGUGAAAGGCCGGGGGGUUCUAGUCUCAGCCAUUUCCCUUCUCCGUAUGUGGCCUGGUGGAACCUGUGCUCGAGAAGGUGUUGCUUGGAUGUCCCUUUUAUGAAGUGUAGCAUUUGGGAACAACAAAAACAUCCUCUCAUGCUGGUUCUGUGAACCACGGGCUCUUCACACUGUGGGCUCCUCGUGAAGGGGCCGGAGAUGCACAGAGGCAGGUGUGGAAGGGACCAAGACAUGUGGAGUGAACCCAGGAAUUGACAGCCAUUUGUGUCCAGAGCACAGUCACAAAACAGGGCAACAUUAUCCAUUUCUUCUGGUACAAGUAUACAGUUGUCCCUCGGUAUCCUAUGGGGAUUAGUUCUGGGACUCCUCAACCAAAGGUGUGGAGGCACAAGUCCCUCAUAUUAAAGAGUGUGGUAUUUGCUAUAACAUAUGCACAUCCUCCUGAGGACUUUAAAUUCUCUCUGGACUACAUAUACCAAUAUGAUGAAAUUGCUAAGUCAGUGGUUGUUAUACUGUAGUGGGGGGGGUUGUUUUCUUUUGCUUUGCUUUUGGUUUUUGGUUUUUGUUCUUUUUCUUUGAGAUAGAAUCUCACUCUCACCCUGGAUAGAAUACAGUGGUGUUAUGGUACCUCAGUGCAACCUCAAACUCCUCGGCUCAGGUGAUUCUCUUUAUUCUACCUCCCAAGUGUCUGGGACACCAUCCAGCACCAUAAUGCCUGGCUAAUUUUUCUGUUUUUAGUAGAGACAAGGUCUGGCUCUUGCCCAGGGUGGUCUCAAACUCCUGAGCUCAAGUGAUAUAUGGCCUCGGCCUCCCAGAGUGCUAGGAUUACAGAGGUGCGCUACCAAGCCCGGCGUAUUGUAGUGUGUUUUUUGUUUGUUCUUUUAUUGGUUUUGUUAUAUUUUUUUAUUCUGUUGUAUUGGUGGUAUUGUUGGGUUUUUCGGGGUUUUUUGCCUAAUAUUUUGAUCCUUGGCUGAUUCAAUCACUGGAUGCAGAGGCCCAACUGUAAACACAUAGAGAAAUGGUCAAGAGCAGACAGUUUGGCAUCUGUUUCUUUGUUCCAUCUACAAAAACCUGGAAGGAAAAGCACAAAAAUGUCUGUGUCACUGUCAGAAUUAUAUAGCUGUUACUGUCCUUGUCCUGGGCAGAUUAGCGUUCCUGCCCAGCUUCAGGUCUGGGGCUUUAUAGACAUCAACAAGAUUUGGAUUCUAGUGCUCCAGCCUCAUUUCGCCAUGAGUAAUUUAAGCUCAUGGUUUAGGGAGCAAUGGUUCUAAUUUUGAGUCACUCACCAUGAAGAAUAUAUUCCGUUUCUUAAUUAUAACUGUCUUAUGUCAUGAAAUCAGAUGUCAAAGUCCAGGAAAUGUUCAGGAAAUAAGGCCCAGUUCACAUAAUAGCUCAUGUGCAGGGGAACACACACGUACCCCUCCCUUCACUCUUGGUUAUAUGGCUAAUCCGGGACCAUGGUGGAAGGAGAACUGGGUGGCACUCCUGAGCUCUUCCUGCUUUCUCACACUGUCCCUGGGCCCCAGGCUCCUCCUCCCUGCUCUUGCAUGUGGUUCUGUAGGUUCUGCAGGUGGAGGCACAGCCCUGGAGUCUGUUUUCCUGGGGGUUGGACCUGGCUGGGGGAUGCCUGCUGGCCUUUCUGCAGCCCAACUGUU